AUGUCUGGCCACUCUUCUUCUCACAGCUCUUCCUCCGGGAAGACCAACUGGGACUCCAUCGCCAUGGGUUCUUCUGCCCUCGGUUUCAUCAAGACGGAUGUUGCCUCCAAGUCCUCCAGCUCCCGUGGUGGUUCCUCUCACGGUUCAUCGUCUGGAUCCAAGUCCAGCGGCUCUUCUCACGGCAGUUCGAAGGGCUCCAGCAGCGGUUCAAAGCGUUAA